AUGUUUAGCCAGGGCAAAGAAGCACUAAUGCGGAAGCGCGACUCUCAAGCCGGUAUACGCUUGGAGCCGUUGACAAAGAAGUUGAGCGACGGUAUCAAGACUGGAGAAAACGAGAAGAAGGAAAAACGAAAUAAAUCAGCUGAUACUAGACGGAAAGAACGCCGAGAAAUCUUCGCAAACGACUCUGGCAAAUCAUCAAAAGAGGCGGAUCAAGAAGUGAAGAAAAUCAUCUCGCGACCGUUUGCAGAUCAAAUAGAGGGCCGAGGCCGUGCAAUGAGCUAUGGCAACACCGCGUUCCGUCGUAGUUCACCGAGUUUCGACUCGAGAGCCCCACCACUACGACGUAGCAAUGCCCUCUAUGGAGCGAUGGCUGCGAAAAAACUGACCCGCCAACGGACGGCCAGUCACGCCGAGCGGAGAAGUAUG